CGAGCGUUACGUAAAUCCGCACAUGCGCUGUGUAGACCCUUAAACAGUCCUUUUUAUGCCUAGCGUUGCACGACUAGCAUCAAACGAGCAUCAAGAUGCAGCUUUUCUUACGUGGCCAGAACACUCACACCCUUGAGGUGACUGGAGAGGAGACUGUCGGCCAGAUCAAGGCUCAUGUCCAGGCUCUGGAAGGUCUCCUGGUUGAGGAUCAGGUGCUGCUGCUUGCUGGGUGCCCUCUGGAGAAUGAUGCCUCUCUGGUGUCUUGCGGUGUCUCCGAGCACUGCACCCUGGAGGUAGCUGGCAGACUUCUGGGAGGUAAGGUUCACGGCUCUCUGGCCCGUGCCGGAAAAGUGCGGGGACAGACUCCCAAAGUUGAUAAGCAGGAGAAGAAGAAGAAGAAGACUGGCCGUGCUAAGCGCCGCAUCCAGUACAACAGGCGCUUUGUGAAUGUCGUUCCCACCUUCGGAAAGAAGAAGGGACCCAAUGCCAACUCUUAAGUGGUUCACUGCCCCAAAGGAGAAACCGCAUCAUCACCUGUCAGUUUUUACCAAGUUAAAUGUCAUCCUGUACAAAAUAAAAACAAUUUUGACUUGGUCUAGAUGAGUGAUUUGUCCUGCAAUGUAAAUCUAGAUCUUUAGCAAAUAAUCUUUGCGGUUUCUUAAUAAAGACAAUUGUCCUGUA